AGCUGUCAUCCGCGAAGCAGGGAAGGGCAUGCUAUGACAUGGAGCUACAUUUUCACAUGUACAGUUGUAUAUGCGUCGUAGACUGUUAAAAGAAGACAAGGAUUUCGGGAUUUCUUUGUAUCUGUAGAGGUCCUCUCUCGUUUCGACGUCUUGAACAAACAGACGCUAGCUAACGGGCUAGCUAGCUUGUAAGUUUACUGUAACUGUUAAAGGCUGCGAGUUGAGACAGAAAGAUCUCCGCAUGGCGUUAAUCCUGUUUACGAGGUCCCGGGCACCUUUAAUGAAAACAUCCCGAUCUUUAAAGAACGAAUUCCGGAAAGGAAAAGGGAAACUACAAGAUGGUGCCUGUUUCAACUGCACAGCCCUCAGACUCUCCACUCAAAAACUUGAUGGACUCCAACUUGGCAGUUUGGCCCAGUUCGCUUCACUCGGUCCUUCCCUCCCCCUGUCAGAUGGAUACGUGGGCCCCUGCCAGAGCGCGGACUCACAGCGACUGUAUUGCGCUUUUGUGCCAGGGGCCUCCCCUUCAACGUACCCUGCGAUCGCAUCAGGGACCCAGUGGACAAUAGCACGACCACAGGACAUCUCCGGCGUCAGGUGGAUACACACUUCGAGGAGGAGAUGGGACGACUCAAAGGUGGAGAAGUCACUACGUUCGAUAAAGGACAAGAAGAAGCUGGAGGAAGGAGGGCCGGUGUACAGUCCGACGCUCGAUGCAGAACCUGUGAGACGGACGCUCCGACAGCGGGUCAUAGAUGAAAUCAAGCACUACUACCACGGCUUCAGGCUGCUGUGGAUCGAUACCACCAUUGCUGGGCGAAUGCUGUGGAGGGUGCUGAACGGACACACCUUGUCCCGACGUGAGAGGAGACAGUUUCUUAGAACAUGUGCAGACGUCUUCAGACUUCUCCCCUUCCUGGUGUUCAUCAUCGUCCCCUUCAUGGAGUUCCUGCUUCCUGUAGCUCUGAAACUCUUCCCCAACAUGCUGCCGUCUACCUUCGAGACACAGUCAAAGAAGGAGGAGAGGUUGAAAAAGGAGCUGAGGGUCAAACUGGAGAUGGCCAAGUUCUUGCAGGACACCAUCGAGGAGAUCGCUCUGAGGAACAAGGUUGCCCAAGGCGACGUGACGGAGGAGUUCUCCACCUUCUUCCAGAAGAUCCGGGACUCCGGGGAACGACCCAGCAAUGAGCAGAUCAUCAAGUUCUCCAAACUGUUUGAGGAUGAGCUGACUCUGGACAACCUGACUCGACCCCAGCUGGUGGCUCUGUGCCGCCUCCUGGAGCUCCAGUCCAUCGGGACCAACAACUUCCUCCGCUUCCAGCUCAUCAUGAAGCUGAGGGCCAUCCGCGCAGAUGACAAGCUGAUAGCAGAGGAAGGAGUGGAGAGUCUGAACGUGAACGAGGUGCAGGCAGCCUGUCGCGUCAGAGGGAUGAGGUCUCUGGGAGUCACAGAAGAACGACUGAGAGAGCAACUCAGCCAGUGGCUGGAGCUGCAUCUGAACCAACAGAUCCCCACCUCUCUGCUGCUGCUGUCUCGGGCCAUGUUCCUCCCCGACACCCUGUCCCCUGCCGACCAGCUGAAGACCACACUGCAGACGCUCCCUGAGAUGGUGACAAAGGAGGCCCAGUUGAUGGCGGCAGAGAUGGAGCUCUCCAAAGUGGACAAUAAGACCAAACUGGAGACGACGCUGCAGGAGGAGGCCACCAUACGCCAGGACAACAAGGACCGUGAGAUGGAGAGGUUGGCUGACGCUGCAGAGAAGGUUGCCAGGGAGGGGGAGUUGGAGCUUGAAGCAGAGAGGGCGAAGCACAACGAGGCGAUUUCCAUGGCGGACAAGUCUGCUCAUUCAGAGACGCUGAGGGAUACGGCGCCCGUCAUCGAGGGAAUCAAGGGCGAGGAGAUCACCAAGGAAGAGAUUGACCUGUUGAGCGAUGCCUGCUCAAAGCUGAAGGAGCAAAAGAGGCUGUUGACUCUGGAGAAAGAAGAGCUGGAGGAACUGAAAGAUGACGUCCAAGAAUACAACGAGGAUCUGGAGGAAAUAAAGAAGGAGCUCUCUAAGAGCGGCCAGGAGAAGACGGUGGAAGAGUCAAAGGCGAGCAAGCGUCUGUCCAAGAGAGUGAACCGCAUGAUCGGUCGCAUCGACAAAAUCAUCCUGGAGCUGGAGAAGGACAAGGUCAUCCUGGACGGACAGAUGGACAGUGGAACCACGCCACCUGUUGGAUUAUUCUUUACAAAAGCUAGUGAUGCCACAAGUCUGUUCUACACCUUCAGGGAGAACCUGAUCAGCAUCGACGAGCUGAUCAACGUCAUGCGGCAGAUCCAGAACAUUCCAGAGCACAAGCUGCAGAGCAUCGCCGAGGCGCUCGACGACAACAAGGACGGGAAGAUCGACAUCGACGACGUCAUCAAAGUGGUGGAACUGAUCGACAAGGAGGACAUCGACAUCUCCACCACUCAGGUGGCCGACAUCAUGGUGAUGCUGCAGAAGGAGGAGAAGCUGAUGGAGAAGGAAAAGGCCAAAGAGAAGGCGGAGAAGGAGCAAGCAGCCACACUCAACAGCUAACUCAUUUCUCCUAAAAGGACACACAGCAAAAAAAAAAAAGAUAUAUAUAUUGUUGAGAAGUUCGUGGCUAGUACGCGGUCACAGAAAACUGCGGACACCAGAUGGAUCUGGAGAGAAAAGUCAAAAAGGUAACAGCUCCCUUCUCAAAAUGUAAUUUCACCAGAAAUCGAGCUCCGACUAAACAGUUAAAAAAAAAUGAAAAUAGGAGGCUGAUUGCCUUUAAAAUGCACAAAAUCAAAAAGACACUUAAAUUGCCAUUAUGUUAAACUCUUCUGGACUGAUCAUGUAACAUAUGUUGAUAUUUGGUUUUGUUUCAUUUGACUCAAGCACUUAUUAAUACAGGGGGAACAGAAUGACAUGAAGACGUGGUUUAAGUUCUCCCGACUUAAAAGUUGGCAAAAGGUUGAAAAAUUCAUCAAAAAUUAUGUUUUGGAAAAUAUAUUAGGAGAUAUAUUAUUUAAAGUUUGAGGUGAACCGUCUUGCCUUUCAUUUCAUUCAUGUCAUCAUCUCAGAGAAAUGAUAGAUCAUUUCUGAACUUUGCACAGUAAAGAAAAAAAAAAAAAAUCAUCGUCAUCAACGUCAUUCCACUCAGUUUCUUUUCCUCUUUUAUUUUGUUUCUCCAUCAAACUCCCAUGUUGUGAAGUCACUUGUUAUGUUCUCUGAAUUGUACCUGGACAGGAAGCUUAUUGCUGGCUAUAGGAAUGUUUAAAUGGUGAGUGCAACCAAAGACGUUGUUAGACGCAACAUAGAAAUUCCUAAAAAUGAAUUAAAAAAACAUGAAAUUAUUAAUUAACAAAAUUAACAAAUGCUAUAUAUGCAUUCUAACAAUAAUGAAAAAAAAAAUCAGUUUUAGGGUCAUCACACCCUCUGAAAUAAAAAAGAAAAAGAUUAUUGCUGCAGAAGUGUUGCUGUUUUGCCUAGAAAAGCCAAUGAGUGAAGUUAGCAACAUCUAACAUCAACGUUAAAAAAUGUCUGUACUGUAAUUUUCUUUUCAUUUUGUAUUAAUCUUUUGUCUUCACGUCUAUUCCCGUGUUCGUUGUAGCUCUCUGUAAAAUGCCAAAGUUGCACUGAGGCACAUUUAACAACAGAUUCUGAUUAUUCCGAAAAAUCAACAAACAUCCCCAUAAAAAAUAAAGCCCGACUGAUACUUUAUGAACAGGGAGGUUCACAGUCAACGUAGGGACACGUAAACAAACGCACCAACCAGAUAUAAGUCAGUGGUCGCUGUGGGUCGUGGUAGAGUUUUAUUUUUCUUUUUUACUAGUUUCUGUUUCAGGAAACAGUCGUCGGCUGUUGGGAGGUCGUCUGGUCGGAGGGUGAAAGCAGCUUCUUGUGCACGAGUAGCACGAUAACCCUCAGAGGUUAAAUGCAAAGUGGCCUUCUCUUGACGCCCAUGUUGUGGAUUAUACACUGUUGUGUAUUUUUUAAGAAGACAGCAGAGCUCUGAUAUUCUUCACACUUGAUGUAAUAUAGUUUUUGGGAUGAAGGUGAAUUCAGUCGUUAGAUCAGGUAGUUUGAAUUUUAGGCACAUACAACCUGAGUCCUCGUUUUUUUUGUUCUCUGCACUGUAGCAAUGAAUGUGUGUUGACUGGAAACAAGUUUUCCUCAGGAGGAGGUGAUUAGAGAUAAUACUGGAGUCAGAUACUCAGCUCUGUGUUCACACUGCAGGCAGCUUGGCCAGUCGUAUUUUCGGCUACUUUGACACCAUAUUCCAGUUAACUAAUGAUUAUUUUGAUCAUAUUUGAUUUGUUUAUUUAAUUAUUCAAAUUAUAAAACGCAAAAAAAGCAAGAAAAAUGCCCAAAGUGUUGCCCGCACAUUAUCUUUUGGAAUAGAAAUGCAUUAUUUUACAGCUUAACUGACCUCAUGUUUGGGUUUUCCUCCUGUAAUGGAUCAAAUAAGAGGCUUUUGUUGGAAAAACUGGGAGGCUUUGAUCAAUUUCACAUUGAUUAGAAGGCAGAUGUUUGGUUAAUCGUUUGGUUAUGAAGAAAGCCAGGCGGCUCAGCUCUGAGGGAAAUGUUGUUUGUCGUGUUGCCUGCAGCGUGAACCCACAGCAAACGUUUGAUCCACCUCUAUCUGCUGAACAGAACUGACUGUUAGUUUGUGGUCGUGGCCAGCCCUCUGUUAUUCCUCCGCAGUAACUAGAGAAGGGCUCAGGUGUAAACAGAGAUGACGGAGUGGUACUUGAGAUAACGCUGAGUGGGCGACGCUCCGUUUUAAUCCGUUCCCGGAAUCCGCUGUCGUACGUGCGGAUGAUGAAGAGCUUGCCCGUCUUCCAUCAGGCGCUGUCCCGGUCAGGACCCAGCGCUGCCUGACAGGGCGAGGGCUCUGCUUGGCCUGGGACCAGUCAGACUGAUGGGCGCUGGGUAAACACUCGCCCCAUACAUGGGCCAAAGCCAGCGCCGCUGAAGGGUUGUGUUUAGGUUAGAGACGCUCCGGGCGGGACAUGGCAUGCUCUCCGCCGAAUAAAUCAGCAGCCAGUGUAAACACGUCGGAGGAACGUUGUGACAACUUCUCGAUUACACUCGGCAGGAGAGGGUGCCGUUUGUGGCCCCUGUGUACACCAGCGGCAGUGCCACUGUUUCUAGGCAUUCAGGGGGUCAAAGGUCAAGAAGCCAAUGUGCAAUGUUAUGCUGUUUUAACAACCUUAACAUACACUUGUCUUCAGCUCAGUCUGGUGGAGAUAAGUCGAAUGAUUGAUUCGUUAUUCGGCAGAAAGUGAAUUGGCAACUAUUUUGACAAUCAUUGUCUUUAUUUUUCAAGCCAAACAUUUCACCAGUUCCACCUUCAGCAGUGCGAGUUCCUUUUCUUUGUUUUUACAUCACAGUAAACUGAACAGCUUUGGGUCUGGACCGUUGGUUGCACAAUAAAAAAAAAAGCUAUUUGAAGACGUUACCGCAGAUACCAGGAAACUCUUUUCUACAUCAAGUGAUUAAUCAAUGAAUCAUGAAAAUAAUCUUAAGAUGAAUUGAUAAUGGAAAUAUUAGUUACAGCCCUACAGUCUGGCCUUUUAUUUUCUCACUGGUCCCUCAAACAACACAAUCUUUGCAGUCGUGUUUUUUGGUGUCAACGCCUGCAAGAAAGGAGAUGUGGAAAAUAUGAAAAGCUCUUGUUGUUUAAUGCGUGAUUAUUUUCACUCAGGCUCGUUUAGUUCAGUCAUCCAAACCAAUCAUGUAGAAUAGAUAAAAUCAGCAAAUCCUCAUAUUUCAGAAGCUGAAACGAGCUAAUGUUUAUAAUUUUUUUAUGCUUAAUCAAGAUGUUUCACUGAUUAAAUUUCUAUUAUGGACAAAAGCAUUUAUUACAAUUUUACAGCUCCAUUGUGACGUCUUAAAAUAGACUCUGUUGUUCGGCCAGUGGUUUAAAACCCAAAAGAUAUUCAGUUCCACAGUGAUGUGAAACAGAGAAAAGCUGGACGCAGAAGGUAUUUGGCAUUUUCAGUAAACAACUUAAACAAGAAGAAUUUUGGUAUUUUAGCCAUAAAGUCACUGAUAUGACGUGACAGUCAUAUUUCCCUCAUGCAGCCAGGAUGUGAUUAUGAUAUAUGAAAACCUGUCAAAUCUUCAAAUACAUUCAGGGAAUCCUGGAAAAAAAUAAUUACGUUUUGAAAUAGAAAAACCUGUAGAAACCCUGAUAUGAAAAUCAGAAGAACGCCACACACCAGUCGCUGAAAAGACUGUUUGCACGUAUCUCCCAAACACAGACAUCUCUCAGCCUCAAAAACAAAACGGAGGUCUCUGCCGCCGUGCACGGUAGUCGAUGAUUGUGCGUCCUCGUCUUCGGCAUCAGAGCGAGGAGUGGAGCAGAGUUCACGGCUCACCGCUGGCAGCAGCGUUGCUCUGUGCUGUUUAAGCUGCUGCUGUCUUUAGAAAAAAAAAAAAGAAAGAAGUCGAGCUAAGGGAGCGGAGAGAUGCAGUUGGCAGGAGAAGCAUUUUUUGACAGUGAACUUAAAUCAGUCGUUUUUCAUUGUCAGCCAGUUCAGGAACCAGGACGAGAGUUGUUUUCUGCCUUGCUUUAUUCUUUCAGUGAUUUUUUUCUUUUUGACAUUUUAGUCGAGUAGUAGGAAAUAAUGGCCGAUCGUAGCUCGCUGUCCUUCUCUUUGCCCGUUAUCUGCCGAGUAUUGCCACUCUGUAAAUGCACUAUUUCAUUUUUGAUACAGUAGGUGUGUGUUACUUGAUGGACUCAGGGUGUGAAUGUUCAGUCUGACGUGGCUUCAGCAGGGAAACUGAACUGUGUCGUGAACCACGACACAAACCGUCCUAAAAGAUUCCUGUUGAGCUCGAGGAGUUUGUGAACUAGAAGAACAAAUAUUUAGAGCAAUAAGUCAUUUAUGCAUCAUGUACUUUUUUUUUUAUUUUAUUUUGUUUUUCUCUCUUUUUGAGGUGUUUAAUUUGUUAAAAAAAUAUAUUGUAAUAUAUGUUAAUUAGAAAAAGGAAGUGGAUGGUGAAACUGAAAAACCAAGAAAGUAUCUUGUGGAUUCUGCUUUUCUUCUUGAUAUCAGGCUGAUGCUCUGUUUAUUUUGGGGGGUGACGUGCUUGUAGUUGAUUAUAUGGACUUUCUGAGGACAGAUGUACCCACUUUUUUGCACCAGCUUACUUUUUGUAGAAUAUAUGAAAAGUUUUCUCUUUCAGUGGAAGUAAAGAAGGAGAGUUUAGGCAGCUGGAGACUGAAAACAGGAUCAGUAACAUUUUUAAUGCCAGGGAAACAUGAUGCGGAGUCAGAGCCUGUGUCUGCAGAUACAGACCUCUCGGGUUCAUACUAAGUCUUUGAAGCCUACACAUAUAUUAUAAACUAUUUAACUGCUAAUAAUAAUAGUUGAAAUAACAGGUCAGCCACCACCAUUUACACAGAAAACUUAUACUUAUGUUGUAUUCAGGCAGAAAGUGAAGCCAAGUUUUGCCUCAAAUUUGACCAACUACACAGACAGUAGCUAUAAAGCUAGCUAGCAACCAGCACAGCGGCCAUGUCUGUGGGAGUGUACAGUAUCUGUGUGUGUGUUUGUGUGUGUUUGCGUUCAGCUCAGCCUCUGACUGAACUCACACACAAACACACGCAAAUUUCUGGCUCAUUGCAGACGCGUAUUUUGGACUUAAAUUGGACUUUGCGUCUUUCCAUUGCCAGAGUGUGCAGUCGUACACUGUUAAUAAAGGUUUAGAAAAGCCUCAGUUCAGCGGCCGCGCUCAGUUUACGUGACAUUAAACCCCAAACAAAGUUAUCAAAACAUAUUCCAGAUCAGAUUCUUAAAUCAGGAAAAAUCUCUACCCAGUUUGAAAGGUGAGACGACACGUUGCAGUUUAAUCUCUUUAUUAAAGUUUAAAAAUGUUAAAAAAAAACAAACAAAAAAACAUUAGUCAUUGACUCAGAUAUAAGCUAUAGCAUAUAUUGGAGUUUUUGUUUUGAGAUAAUUGUCAUGUUAUUUAUUUAUUUAUUUAAUCAGAUUUUCCAAAGUUGUUUUUUUUUUUUUUUUUCAUCCAAAUGUUGCACAAGAAAUGAGCAGAUACUGGAUUUGAUUUCAGUUUUAACUUGAAUCUCAAAUGUAUGAAAAACAUCAGAUUUUUCUUUUUCUUUUUAAACACGAAUCAAAGUGUUCAUGUAAAAAACAAAACAAAAAAAACAUCAUUUACAAAAUUAACCAUAAGUUGUUGAAUAAAUAAUGGUUGAUCCUGA